AAGGAAAAUUUCUGACAACUUACCGGACUACUACGUCAUUUGUUGUUAUAAUAUCCACAUUUGUUUAUAAAAAAAAACACCGAAUUAAUAUUCCAGUGCAAUUGAUGGUCGAGUAUAGUUCGUAUCUUCAUUCGCACGAGUACUAUUUCGUCGUUUUCGAUUUAUAUUUUACGUAUUUAUUUUUUAUUUAAUUGUGCGGUGAUAGUGAUUAUUUCGCGUUUUUGUUGUGUGUUUUUUUUUUUUUUUUUGGUACUUACAGAUUAUAACUUCGAAAUGAAUUAUUUUGCGCGAAGUUUUCUAUACUUGAGCUGUGUACAUUUAGUUUUGUCUGAGCAAGUCGCUAGCGUUGAAAAUCGCUGCUACACGUCUAGCGGAGUAGAAGGAGUAUGUCUGACACAGCAACAAUGCCUCGCCUCACAAUCCUCCAACGGCGCCAGUUCCUCCAAACACGAAUCGAUUCUGGAAACAUGUCGAAUCGAAAACGACGGCACACCGGUCAUCUGCUGUAUUCUAAACACCGCGAAUAAUCCCAGUGAUCGAAAAGACGCAGAUACUUCCUCGCAGGAAGAUAAUGACACAUACACCUACGUCGAACUGGAUUCUUCGCAAAACGGGACCAAUAAACAGUCGAACGGCAGUAGUGAAAUUGAAAGUAGAUUUUUCAACGGUCCUAGGAAAAGGCAAUACUACAACUACAACGUGUCGCCGUACCAGACACCAAUUAGUAAUAAUCUGAUCCCUCAGUACGAUCCUGUAUACAACGACGUGUACUCGUAUCAGAAUAAGAGACCUAUUAAUAACGUAAACAGCGUACCGAGUUAUAACAGUUUCGCUGUCGAACCACCAGUCAAUCAGCAGCCAUACCCGUAUAGACCUUCGAGCAAUAAUAAUAAUUAUAACAACAACAAUAAUAAUAAUUACAACUCGUACAACACUCCGUCGCGUAAUCCUACGAAUCGACCUGUGCCAGCGAACAAUAACCCUUCAUCGUGGCAAUCGCAGUCUCAAGCUUACUAUUCGCAACAAACCACUCGUCGACCAUCCUCGCCAGAUGUGAUAUUUAAGCAAACGUCUAGCGGGUCUACUAGAUUAUCUACUGCUGCAAAUAGAUACGAUUCGAAUGGAGAAUUUUGGCAGCCUGCGGCGCAACAGACUACUCAGAGAAGACAGGAUGUGCAACCAGUUUGGGGCGAAGUUCCCGAAUCUACUACUACGACCAGAGUUAUUCGGACACCUAGACCUACUGAAUCGUAUCAGAAUCAGAACCAGAACCAAAAUCAGAAUCAAUACAAUAACAACAAUAAUAAUAGGCCGAGCAGUAAUAAUCAAAACAAUAAUCAGAAUCAAUACAACAACAAUCAGAAUCAGUACAACAACAACAAUAAUAAUAACAACAAUCAAUACAACAACAACAACAACAAUCAGUACAACAACAACAAUAAUAAUCAGAAUAAUUAUAAUAGCAACAAUAAUAAUCAGAAUUCAAAUCGACCUACCCAGCAACAAAAACGAAUUAGCGAAGAAAAAUGCGCCGAGUAUUCGAAAAUUGUCACCACAAAAGUAUCCGCUGUUCCUCUCUCAAUUGCUACUCAGGUUGCAACCGUAGAAAAGGAAGAUUGUCCUUAUAAACCUCUCACUUUGAUUGUCGGCGGCAGUAAAGCGUCCUUGGGAGAGUUUCCACACAUGGCUGCUCUGGGUUUCAAACGAGGCUCAGCUAUCGAAUACAGUUGCGGUGGAACGUUGAUUAGCGAAGAACACAUACUAACUGCCGCUCAUUGUAUUAAAAGUGCAUUGGGAGAUCCGGUACACGUCAGGCUAGGCGAUUUAAAUCUAGAAAAAGAAGAUGACGGAGCAGAACCGGAAAAUGUGGGUAUUCAGCAAAUAUUCGUUCAUCCUCGAUACAAACAUCCUCAACUAUACCACGACAUAGCCGUCAUAAAAUUAAGUCGCAAAGUUCAUUUGACUAAAAAGCUUCGACCAGCUUGUUUAUUUCCGGUUUUCGAUGUUGGUGUACAACAAGCCUUAGCCACCGGAUGGGGAUCGACGAAUUACGGCGAAACAGCUAGCGAUGAUUUACUCAAGGUGGUUUUAAAUAUAAUCGAUAAUAAACAGUGUUCUUCUCUAUACGGAACUGAUACCAAGCUUAAGAAUGGAAUUACCAACGAUAUGUUAUGCGCCGGAGAACUCUCCGGUAAACGAGAUACGUGCCAAGGAGAUUCCGGCGGCCCUUUACAGUUCGUUUCUCCUACGAAUAAAUGUUUACAUUACGUUAUUGGAAUCACGUCUUUCGGACGAUCGUGCGGUGUUGCAAAUUCGGCCGGUAUUUACACGAGGGUAUCGCAGUAUAUUGACUGGAUCGAAAGCGUUGUGUGGAAUAAUUAAGACUUUGUAAAAAAACAAAAAUACCUCUUUCUCUCUCUAUCAUCUCCUCUUAUAUUGUAAAGAGAAGAACCCAGCCUGGAAUUGUAAAUUUUGAAUCAAUUGUUAGUUUUUUUUUUUUUACUAUAAAGCAUUUCAAAACUAAAGCUAGUCAUUAUUAACUUUAGUUGUUUAAAUUAUUGUACGUGUUAAAUGUAACUUUUUAUUUAUCUAUGUGCCAUUUUUACGAUUAUAAAAAUUUAAAAACGAUGAAAAAAAAAUAAUAAAAGAUUUUUUUUAAAAUAUAAA